AUGGGCUGCGCCAUCAGCAUCAUCUUCACCGUCUUCGGCGCCUCGUACGGCACCGCCAAGUCCUCGUCCGCCAUCUUCGCCAGCGGCAUCCUCCGCCCGGACCGCCUCAUGAACAACACCCUGUGCGCCAUCAUGGCCCAGAUCAUCAGCAUCUACGGGCUCGUCGCCUCCAUCCAGAUCUCCAACCAGCUCAACGAGGCCAUGCCCCUGUUCGUCGCCUUCCUGCAGCUCGCGGCGGGCCUGAGCGUCGGCUUAUGCGGGCUCGCCGCCGGGUUUGCCAUUGGCAUCGUGGGCGAUGCGGGAGUCCGGGCAAGCACACAACAGCCAAGGCUCUACGUCGGCAUGGUUUUGAUUUUGAUCUUUGCAGAAGUGUUGGGACUCUAUGGCACCAUUGUGGCCAUCUUGACGUUGACCAGGACGGCCUCGGCAGCUCCCUGUUAG